UCAAAAAUGUGGUUAAAGACAAAUAAACCUAUAUCAUUUCUGUUAUUUACAGAUCCAACCACCUUAUACCCACCUAAACCCACAAAAUUCGGAUAAUCCAGUUGAAAUCGGAUCUCUCCUUUAACUACCCAACUUUUCGAAUUCCUUCAUUCACGACUCCACUCUCCCUCGUUCAAUUCCCGUUAAUUAUUCUUCUCCCUCAAGUGCAACUAAGGAUAACUCGAUUCUGGAAUCAUAAUGGUUCGUACAAAGAACCCAAGCUAUGUGGAAAAAUCGAAUCCCCCAGCAGAUCUCGAAGAAGAAGCAACUCGUGGAGAUGAAUCAGAACGUGAUUCCGAUAAAACGGACUCAAUUGAGAAGUCAAAUGAUAAGGAUUCAUCGGAAUCUGAGGAUGAAUCCGAUGUAAUGCAACCUUUGAGUAUGUACUUUGAUUACUCCCAGUAUACGAAGCCUUUCAAGAUGUCUGGAAAGUGUUAUAUUUCAGAGGCGGUAAACUUAUUAGGCGGUCAUCUUAAGGAAGAGGAGUUGGAUUGGUUCUUAGGGCACCCACAGUUCAAGCAUUUCUUCCAUAUGCCUAAGGAUUCGAAUCAUAAGUUGAUGGGUAUGUGGAUGUUGUUGCUUCGCACAGCGCAUUUGGAGAAGAAAAAUGAAUGCUGGUUCAUUGUUAAUGGGACUCCCAUCCGGUAUUCUCUCAGAGAAAUGGCAAUCAUUUCUGGGUUAUAUUGCCAUCAGUAUCCAAAAUUCAAGGAUGGUUUGGGCAGUUUAAAUUUUGCUCGGAAGCAAUUUAAAGGUGGACAAAUAAUACAAUAUGGAGAUGUCAAAGCGAAGCUACUUUCGAUGAAGAAACCUUCAGAGGAUCGUUUGAAGAUGGCCGUACUGUAUUUUUUAUCUAGCGUCAUCAUAGGGAAGAAAAAGGGUGGAAAGAAUGCACCCUCUGUGGAGCCUUUCUUUCUUAGAGCUGUGGAUGAUCUUGAUUUGUGUAGAACAUUCCCUUGGGGUCGAAUGGCAUUUGAUGAGAACAUGAAAGACAUCUUUCAUUUGAUGGGACACUUUGAUGGAGUUGUGGGUCCACAGUGGGUCUUUCCUAGUUUCAUCAUUCCUUUGGAGCUUCUUGCGUUUGGANUUAUCUCAACUACUGCCGAACCACAAUGA